CACGAAACACACCAAAGUCAAGGGUUUGGUUCCCCAUACCUGCCAGCCGCCAAAAACAAACAAAAAACCCCCAAACUACACGAUACAGAAAUAACGUAGAAAAGCACAAAAAAUUAGCUACAAUCCUACCAUCCUGAGAAAACCAGACUAACAGUACUUCUCCAACCUCUUAUUUUAGUUUUUGGAGGCGGGCGCCCUCUUCUGUUUUGUAAAACGAACAGUCGAAUUCCUGCCGGAAGCGGCGCACCCCCUGGGAAAGGCUUUGCAGGCGCUGGAUCGGGGUGUGGGAUUUAAGGAAUUUUACUUCACAGGGUGAAGACGACGGCAGGGGGAGGUGGCAUGAUCCCCGCUUUACAGACUAGGAGGUCGAGUAUCAGAGGAGUGACGUGACUCCCCUGCAGGAUCGGCGAAGAAAGGCAGCUGCCGAGCGGCCGGAAGGGCCCAAAGGAGUAGCCUCCGCGGCCUCAGCAGCCAACCGACUCAGGUGGCCAGGGCGGCACCGGAUCUGCUGGGGCGUGGCCUUGUGACGCAAACGCCACUCGUCCCUCUGUCUGGCCGCCUAUUGGUUCUCUCUUACCGCCCUUUUCCGGGGCAAGGGGAAGAAGUUGCAGAGUGGGAAGUGAGGUACCCUCGGGUUCCAGACUGCCGCGGCCUUUCCAGCUAAGGGACCUGGUUGGUGCCAUUGGUGACGGCCAGCUUCUCCAUUCAGGCACCAGCCCUAGCUAGGAGAAGACCCCCCAAAUUCUGCUGGCCUAUGGAAGUGAGCUGAGGCGGAUCUCCAAGUAGCCGGCACAGAUCGAAAGAUCCGAGCCGCGGAGGGAAGCUCCGCCCCUAGGCGGGGUCGUGAAGUCUUGCCUGGGUGGGAGAAACCCGAAGGGGCCGCCCCGGGGCGGAGCCCGGUAGCCAUGGCCGCGCCCCCGGGGGCCGGUCCCGCUUCUCUGCGCAUCGCAGCCGCAGCCAGCUGGCGAGUCGUGUGCGGACGCUACGUGGAGCAUUUCCCACGAGUACUAGAGUUUCUGCGAUCCCUGCGCGCAGCGGCCCCUGGCUUGGUUCGCUACCGGCACCAUGAACGCCUCUGUAUGGGCCUACAGGCCAAGGUGGUGGUAGAGCUGAUCCUGCAGGGUCGGCCUUGGGCCCACGUCCUGAAUGCCUUGAAUCACCAUUUCCCGGAAUCUGCACCUGUAGUGCGGGACCCCAAAGCUACAAAGCAGGAUCUGAGGAAGAUUUUGGAGGCACAGGAAACAUUUUGCCAGCAGGUGAAGCAGCUGUCGGAGACCCCUGUGGAUUUGGCCUCGAAGCUGCAGGAACUUGAACAAGAAUAUGGGGAACCCUUUCUGGCUGCCAUGGAAAAGCUGUUUUUUGAAUACUUGUGUCAGUUGGAAAAAGCACUGCCUACACUGCAGGCACAGCAGCUUCAGGAUGUGCUGAGUUGGAUGCAGCCUGGAGUUUCUAUCACCUCUUCUCCUGCCUUGAGCCAAUAUGGUGUGGACAUGGGAUGGCCACUUCCAGAGUGCUCUGUUACUGAUUCACUGAAUCUGACAGAGCCCAGGGAACAGACUCCUUCUCAGCAACCAAGACUAAUACUCCACAAUCCUCUACCAAAAGCCAAGCCUGACCCAGACUUUCCUCAGGGACCAGCUUCAAGAAAGCACCCAGAACCUCUAACUGGACACCACUUCAAUCUGGCCCCACUAGGCCGACGAAGAGUCCAGUCCCGAUGGGUGUCCACUAGGAGAGGACAUAAGGAGCGCCCCACGGUCAUGCUGUUCCCCUUUAGGAGUCUGGGCUCACCAACCCAGGUCAUAUCUAACCCUGAGAACAGGGAAGAACAUGGAAUACAUGCAGCAGAUCCAGCAGGUUUUGUGGGUACAAGAGCAGCCUUUUCUGGAAAGUCUACGAGUCCAUCCCAGACCCUGGGGGCAAGAGUUCUGAGAGAGAACCCAGUUGACUUGUCUGCCUCAAAACGAAAGGAGAAUUGUUUGGAUUGCUACAUGGACCCCCUGAAACUAUCAUUAUCGCCUCCUAGGACCAGAAAGAAAGCGUGUCCUCCAUCCCUGUGCAGCUCUGUCAUUACCAUAGGGGACUUGGUUUUGGACUCUGAUGAGGAAGAUAAUAGCCAGAAGGAAGGAAAGGAGUCUCUGGAAAACUAUCAGAAGACAAAGUUUGACACCCUGAUCCCCACCUUCUGUGAAUACUUCCCCCCUUCUGGCCCCAGUGCCAUGCCUGUCCCUUCCCAUGACCAUAUAGACAGCUCUAAACCCCUAUAAUAGGAAAGGAAUGCCCUCUGCCCAUCUCCUGCCUCCUCAGCUCUGCAAGCAAUUUAGUGGAAAUGAAGUGGAAGCCCAGGCUUGGGUUGACUACAAUGCUAAAUACUUCAUGAUGCUUGAUAAUUAAUUAAACUUUGGAUUUGC